AAUUUUCCAUGCUAGGAAGUAGGAAUAAAUAGAUUAUCUAAUUUAAUUCUGCCAAUAGGCCUAUCUCAUAUUAACCCUUGAUUCUUUCGCCAAUUUCUUCGGUUUUUUUUUAUAGUUUACUGUUUUAUUGAGUGAUUUAUGUGCAAAAUAUCUCUUCAACCCUUAAAUUAUUUUUAGGAUCCUAAAUUAGACAAGUGCAAAAGUACGUUAUGAGUUGUAUAAGUGUUAUUUACCUUUCAUUUUGUUCUCCUUUUUACCAAGGUAAAUGUCUUAAACAUGGCUAUUUGAUCUGAUUAGUAUUUUUUACGUGAGAGGAAAUAAUAGUAUCAAUAAUAAUAAUAAUAAAUAAUAAUAAUAAUAAUCAAUGGCUUAUAGAGUUGAUCAUGAAUAUGAUUAUCUGUUCAAGAUCGUAUUGAUUGGAGAUUCAGGUGUCGGUAAAUCCAAUAUUCUGUCAAGGUUUACCAGAAAUGAGUUUUGCUUGGAAUCCAAGUCCACGAUUGGAGUUGAAUUCGCUACAAGAACGUUACAGGUAGAAGGCAAAGUGGUAAAAGCACAGAUAUGGGACACAGCAGGACAAGAGAGGUACAGAGCCAUAACAAGUGCAUACUACAGGGGAGCUGUAGGAGCCCUGUUAGUGUACGACUUAACCAAGAAACAAAGCUUUGAUAACGUGAACCGAUGGCUUCAUGAACUACGCGACCACGCAGAUUCAAACAUCGUGAUCAUGUUAGUCGGAAACAAGUCCGAUCUUAGGCAUUUAAGGGGAGUUACUGAGCAAGAAGGCCAAUUCUUAGCUGAGAGGGAAGAACUUGUUUUCCUCGAAACAUCAGCUUUAGACUCUACUAAUGUUGACAAGGCUUUUCAAACCAUUUUGUUAGAUAUUUAUCAAGUUAUUAGCAAGAAAACAUUAGCUGCACAACAAGCUUCUGGUUCUUUGCCUCAAGGCACUAACAUUAAUGUUGGGACUAAUAAUAAUUUUAACAAGAAGCCAUGUUGCUCAACCUGAUUUCUUUUCUUUUUUUUUUUUUUUCGAUGGAUUUUUCCCCUUGAGGGUGUACAUUUUUAGGGGGGUUACGUUGUUGACUGAAAAUUGUUGUAAGGGAAAAUAUUGGAAAGAAAUUUGUAUUACCAUAUGAUAUUUGAGA